AUGGUUCGCGAUUCACAACUCAACGCUGCUGUCCCAGGGAUCCCUUUCUUUGCGCCAGCGCAGGAUCCAAGCACAGGGACUGCAAAACAACUUGAACCAACCACUCCGACAAUCUUUCGUCCGCUCAAGAUCCGCGGCGUCACGCUGCGAAAUCGUAUCUGCGUAUCCCCCAUGUGUCACUACUCGUGUGCCGCAAGUGGAGCGCAGACAGGUGUCUUGACUCCUCUGUACCAUACUACCAUCGGCCACUAUGCCUUCCGAGGUGCGGCGCUCGUCAUGCUGGAAGCAACUGGUGUUACGCCCAAUGGUCGUAUCAGCGUCAAUUGUCCCGGAAUCUGGAACGAUGCCCAGAAAAAUGCCCUCAAGAACCUGGCAGACUUUGUGCACUCUCAUGGAGGUCUUAUAGGCUUGCAGCUUGGCCACGCCGGAAGGAAGGCUAGCACUUUGGCGCCAUGGGUCGCCACUCGUAUGGGACGGGGAAGUGCUAGAGCUGACGAAUCUCAAGGUGGGUGGCCCAAUGACGUUGUUGGGCCAUCCGGAGGCCCGGGCUUUGUCUGGGAUGGAAAGUCUAGCCAAGAUCCAGAGGGAGGAUUCUGGGAGCCCAGAGAGAUGAGCAUUGACGAAAUCUCCGACUUGGUCAAGAACUUUGCUAAAGCAGCAGAGCGAGCUGUCUUGGCCGGUGUAGAUGUACUGGAGAUUCAUGUUGCCCACGGUUAUCUCCUCCAUCAGUUCGUCAGCCCAGUCACGAAUCAGAGGAAAGACAAGUAUGGCGGCAGCUUCGAGAACCGAACACGGCUGGUUCUUGAGAUUAUCCAAGCUAUCCGCGGUGUUAUCCCUGCAUCCAUGCCUCUGUUUGUCCGAAUCAGUGCAACUGACUGGAUGGAGAACUCGACCCUGGGCAAGAAUCUAGGAAGUUGGGAUGUUCCUAGCACGAUCCGCCUUGCAAAGCUUCUUCCUGACCUCGGAGUCGAUGUCCUCGACGUUAGCUCUGCGGGCAAUCACCCACAAGCCGCUCAUAACGUGUUCGACGCUGGAAAGGAGCAAGCUGCCAUCGCUGCGAGGGUGAAGGAGGAGGUGGAAAGGGCAGGUAAGCGGAUGCUUAUAGGUACUGUCGGUGAGAUUACGGAUGCUUUUCAGGCUAGAGACUUGGUUCAGGAGGGCACUGCGGGUAGCGUAGACCUGAUUUCGGUCGGUCGACAGUUUUUAAAAGAGCCCGGUUGGGUUUUGAAGGUGGCGCAUGAAUUGGGCGUGGACGUGGCUUGGCCGCAGUUUAUUUCGCGGCCCCAGAUAUCUCAGAUACUUACGAAGCUCUGA